GCCCCGAGUCGCCCCAUCUGUCUGCCGUUAAAGGUGAGUACUACUGCACGCACAGGGACAUCAGGGCCUGUCAGUUGUGAAACUGGGCGCGGAGGCGGGCCGAUACCGCGCGAGGGAAGGUUGCUGUUUCGUCGCGGGAGCUCGUCACGACGCGCAAGUCACGCUUGGAGAUAUCGAACUUUGGCUCCAGUACACGCAAUCGGUUACGACACUCUUGCUGGCGUCAACAGCAGGCUGAGGGGAUGGUGUCAGGCUCUCUGAGCGGUGUUGCCUGCGGGAUGAUGGGGUAUCCUGCGACAGGAUGUCGCGAGAAUGCGUGUUGUUAUGCGCGCGGAUGUUGUCGUCCCACCGUUACUAAUACACGACUACGCACGCGCACAACCUUGAUCAAGGUUUGCUGACACUCCUGCGCAUAUUACUUUACCCAGUACAAACGUACCACACUCAUUCAUCAUGCCUGAAACUCGUGAGGACUCCGUCUACCUCGCCAAGCUCGCUGAGCAGGCUGAGCGAUACGAGGAGAUGGUUGAGAACAUGAAGCGCGUUGCUUCAUCGGACCAGGAGCUCACUGUUGAGGAGAGGAACCUGCUCUCGGUCGCAUACAAGAAUGUCAUCGGUGCUCGCCGUGCAUCCUGGCGCAUUGUCUCCUCCAUCGAGCAGAAGGAGGAGAGCAAGGGCAACGAGGCACAGGUUGCGAUGAUCAAGAAGUACCGUGAGAAGAUCGAGGCCGAGCUCGCCAAGAUUUGCGAGGACAUUCUCGACGUUCUCGACAAGCACCUCAUUCCUUCCGCAGCUUCGGGAGAGAGCAAGGUCUUCUACCACAAGAUGAAGGGUGACUACCACCGCUACCUCGCUGAAUUCGCCACGGGCGACAAGCGGAAGGACUCUGCAGACAAGUCGCUGGAGGCAUACAAGGCUGCUUCGGACGUCGCGGUCACCGAGUUGCCACCGACUCACCCGAUUCGUCUCGGCCUUGCCCUCAACUUCUCCGUGUUCUACUACGAGAUUCUCAACAGCCCUGAUCGUGCUUGCCACCUCGCCAAGCAGGCAUUCGACGACGCCAUCGCCGAGCUCGACACGCUCUCUGAAGAGAGCUACAAGGACUCGACUCUGAUCAUGCAACUGCUCCGUGACAACUUGACCCUGUGGACGAGCGACAUGCAAGAUUCGGAGGCGAAGGCUGAGCCAGCCGCUGGCGAGCAGCCGGCCCCUGCUGAGGCUGCCAAAGGCGAGGAGGCCGCCUAGAGGAUCGGUGUUCGAAUUGGAAACAACUAAGCACAGUGAAGAAGGAGGAAAGGAGGCGCUUCGUCCACGGUCUUAGGGUUGUCUGCAUCGUCGUCGGUCUAAGGAGGUUCUCUGCUCGUUAAAGAUACACGAGGGGUCGGGCCAAUAAGAGUGCUUGGGGAAACAUUUGAACGAUUUUCAUGAACGAAUUGGUCUUCUUUCGGUUUCCGCGCUGUCCUAGAAAGGUUCAAGAAAAGCCGCCAAGUCAUCUCUACGGGUUUUCGCUGUCCCCACGCGCAGUCAAGCAGCCCUCGGGUCAUUUUUCCCAUCACGUCAAUUCGCGCGCAAGUCUCUCACCUACGCAUGCACUGGAGGCAGGUGACAAUCGCUUGUAGCCCACCCGCGAGCUUUGUCCUCCUUUCUCUUCUCUCAUUUCUCUCGUCUCGUGUCUCCCCCAACCUCCAUGUCUCGUAAACCCUUUGAUCAGAAUACAGUACAAUCCGUUCUCGAU